UGCCCGCUCAGGCGCUCACUCUUCGCCUCCUGGCUUUGCGCUCUUAUACAGUCUCCUACUAUAACAGAGCUUCAAUUUUGAGUUUGAACUUAUCAAUGGAACAUUCUAAGCUCUAUUCAUCAAACAAGAUCAUAGAGAAAGAUGAUGGCUUUAUAUUUGCUCUUCAACUCUCUCAAGAUGAUCCCUUUUUUGAGAAAAAGAAGAAUUUACUGCAUAACAAGGGUUUUGAUAUCAAGGAACAAGUACAUCUUCAAGGCUCGUCUUGUCCCGAUUCAGUUGCCACCACUUUAGAAAAGAUACUUCAAAUAGCAAGGAUCACACACUUAGAUGAGGUAGAAAUUUAUUUUGGUGAAAAUGAUGAAUGUUCAUCAAUGGAAUACUUUAGUCCCAGGAAUGAAGUGGAAGCUCUCAGUUCAGCCCUAUCACUUGUUAACGAAAUGCUCUCUAGUAAAAAGAACAAAGAACUUGGUGUCUUGCUAGAAUUGCGAGAUGCAGUUCUUAGUAGGAUUGAAGAUUCAGUGGAGAAUUACAGAUUGGAAACUAGGAUAGAAAGUAGCUGUAGUUGUGACAGAGAAAAUGAUUUAGUGGAAUGGGGUCAAAGAAAUGGAGUGAAAUCAAGAUUGGAGAUAGUCUAUAUUGAAGGUGCUGGUAGAGGAGCCAUUGUAACAGAAGAUCUGAAAGUUGGGGAUAUUGCUUUGGAGAUCCCUGUGUCUAUUAUUAUAUCUGAGGAGCUUGUGCGCCCCUGCGAUAUGUAUCACAUAUUGGAGAAGAUUGAUGGGAUUUCCUCUGAGACUAUGUUGUUACUAUGGAGUAUGAAGGAGAGACAUAACUGUAAUUCAAAGUUCAAGAUUUAUUUUGAUACUCUACCGAAGGAAUUUAAUACAGGUCUGAGCUUUGGAGUUGAUGCGAUUAUGGCUUUGGAGGGAACCUUGCUGUUAGAGGAGAUUUUGCAGGCAAAAGAGCACUUGCGCGUCCAGUAUGAUGAGUUAGUUCCUGCACUAUACAAUAAUUACCCUGAUAUAUUUCCACCAGAGCUCUAUACAUGGGAGCACUUCUUAUGGGCUUGCGAACUCUGGUACUCUAAUAGCAUGAAAGUUAAGUUUCUUGACGGAAAGCUGAGAACUUGUUUGAUUCCUAUUGCUGGCUUUCUUAAUCAUUCGGUCCACCCGCAUAUCACUCACUAUGGAAAAGUAGAUUAUAAGAUGAAUACAUUGAAGUUUCCACUAUCAAAGCCUUGCCGCAUUGGGGAACAAUGCUGUCUGAGCUAUGGGAACCUCUCUAGUUCACAUCUAGUUACAUUCUAUGGUUUUAUACCACAAGGAGACAACCCAUAUGAUGUAAUUCCAUUGGAUAUUGAUGCUGGUGAGGCUGAUUCUACUGAGGAUUGCAGCUCGACUCCGCAAAUGAUCCGGGGUACUUGGCUCUCCAAGAACCAUAGCAUAUUCUAUUAUGGCUUGCCAAUUCCCUUACUAAAUUUUCUUCGGAGAGCUCGAGUUCCUACGCCAUACGUUAAGACCAUGACGGAAUCAAACUUGGAGAUUGAAAUUGAAAUCUUGGAAGAUCUGCAGUCAACUUUCAGUAACAUGAUGGAAAAUCUUGGCGAUGUAGACCUUGUUGACAGCAGAGAAAACAUUAACCGGGACGUUAAGCUGGCGUUGGAAUUUAAAGAUCUGCAAAGAAGGAUCGUCUCCUCAAUCUUAACUUCAUGCGAUGUUGGGCUCAAGUUGGUGCAAAAGGAAUUGCUCAAGUGCAGUACUACCAAGGAGUAAGCAUAACUGUUAGCUUAUAGAUAUACAUAUCAGGGUAGGGCGUAACCGAGUCAAAUCGAGUCGAAAUAUGGUCAAUCUCAAACUUUAAAAUUUGAAGCUCGAAACUCAUUGGAUCUCGAUCGCGUUUUAUUAUAAGAGUUUGAGAUCGAGCUGGUAGAAUAAUCUAGAGUCGAGUUCGAUUCAAUGAUCUGUAUGGAGAUUUUGAAAAAGUUAGAUUUUAAAUAUAAAAGGGAAUUAUUAUAUGUAUAAUAAAAAUUAAUAAAGUUAACUUAUCAUACCUCAA